CAGGAACACCGCUUGAGGCGACGAAGGCUGACGGAUGCAGCGCCGCUACAGCGGAGCAAACGCGGCCGAGCUCCUAGCCUCGGAGACGUCUUCGGGCCGCAGCCGACGGAACUCUGCGUCAGUAGCAGCGCCAUUUUCCAGGGCGCGGACGUCCUGGACGUCGCGUGCGAUCCGCGCCGCCAUCUCGAUGCUCUUGACCUUCUUCUUGCUCAUGGAGGUGAGCUACCACCGCGGCUGCGCAGUGAGCGACGCGUACUCGAGAGCAACGUCACAGAUCGGCGAGGUCACGCUCUCGGUGCUCACUGACUUGGGCACGACGCACUGGCUCGCCUUCGGCUCGCUCACCGAAGCGCUCUUGGCUGCGAAGAAGCCCGCCGUGUCGUUGGAGCCGAGCGUGCUCGCCGCCGCCCAAGCCGCGAAGGAGAUGGGCCGGCCCAGUGGCAUUGACUACCACGUCUCGUCGGUCGAAGUCGCCAUCGAGAUGGUCCACCUCGAGUCGACCGCCUUUUGGAACAUUGUGACGGGCCUUGAAGCCAAGGGCAUGCACGUCAUGUACGACCCGCACCGGCGGCUCAUGCAGGUCUACGCGCGUAUCGAAAACCCCGCGCCGUCGUGGUCCGAGAAGGCGUUUCCAGGCUCUGAGCCUCAUACGUAUGGACCUGGCUUGCCCCACGCCAAUCUCUGGUUUCUCGAGCUCCAGAACGACGAGUACUCGACGCCCGAGCAUGUGCCAGAGCGCACGUUUGCGGCGUCGGACAUCAUGCCCCUGCGGGAAACGACCUUCCUCGGACGACCGGUCGCCGUGCCGCACCGCAGCCAGCGCGUCGCGAUGCAGGAGCACGCGGUGACGCUCGCCGAAGGCGCCAAGAUCAAGACGCGUGCGCAGUGUCUUGACGAGUGGAUGGUCGGCGUCGCGUUCUACGAAGCGUCGCUCGACCGCCUCACGUGGUGGGUCGUCAGCGUCAUCGUUUUUGUGCCCAUGUACGUUGGCGUCAAGCAAGUCGUGAGCUGGGUCCAUGCCUCCAAGAUGUAUUUGGAGCAGGACCACAAAGUGUAGACCCGAUGCAGUCCGCCGCUCGCUAGACAAGUAUACCAGCGCCUAGGCAGCUUGUACUAUUCAUCGAUUCGUCUCUACGCGUCGUCGUCGUCGUCAUUGAGGAGCAGCAGCU